AUGGGGGAUGCCAGGAAAAGGUAUCCAUCGCUUCCAUCCAACUAUAUCUCAAUCAUUCAACUGAAGGAGCGCUGGAUGAGAGAACAAGAGCAACAGCAGAACAAGGAGCAAGAACAAAAGGGGGACUUACAUAAACCUAGAGAAGAGAAAGAGGGGAUCCAAAACACAACUGCUUCUAGAUUUAUGGCUCCGCCUCAGUUCCGCCCAAAAUGGAACAAAUAUCACUGGGUGGUCAAGGUAAGCUCCCAGAAGCCAGAAGGUUCAGAACUCCAAAAGGGUCACAGAGAGAUCAAGGUGAGUGCUCAGAAGCAGGAGUUGAAGAUCAAGGAAGACCUUAGGAGGGUCGAGGCAUGGAAGAAGCCAAGUGCAGAGGAGGAACUGGCUGGAGGUACAGUCCAGCAAGUAUCGAGAAAUGGAAAUGAAGAGAAAUUUCGAGGUAGGGUGAAUCAGAUGGCUGGGAUGUGCCAGAGAAUGGAGAAACUCUCAAUAAAGCCUGAGAAAGUAGGAGGAUCAGCAUCCACUGAUGUGAGUGGUCAUCGGUGGAAUCCAGCAUUUUCUCGAAGUUUCAGUCGCCAGAAGGCAACUGGUGCUGGCCUCGUUUGGGUCAGAAAAGGAGACAGCUCAGGUGGUUCUGGCAGCCAGAGUUAA